AACUGCUUGGAAUGUCCCACCCUGGUCUGACACCAGAGACGAUUGCCGCGUGGAUGAUUAUCUACAUAUAAAUCCCUCUGCUUGUCCUAAUUUUGGCCCCUAGACUAUAAGCUUCGAGAUUCCCGGGAAUAUCUUCGCACAGACAGGUUUCUCACGCGGCCGAUACUUUGCGUGUCCUCGCGAACUCGCAAGCAUGGUGGCAGUCGAGGAUGAGGAGAAGCACUCGACCCCUUGCAGUGAUUGCUCCAAUGCAACGGUCGUGGACUGGGAUGGUCCCAAGGACCCCCAGAAUCCAUUCAACUGGCCCACUUCCAGGAAAUGGCUAAUGACCAUUACUGCUCUGACCACCACCUUCGUGGCCCUCAUGAAUGGCACUAUCAUUACAGUCGCCCAUGAAGCAAUAAACGACGAAUUUAAUGUCAGCGAUGCCACUUUUCCAAACUCAUACUGGCCCGUCGCCUCUUGGACGAUGGGAGGCGUCUUCUUCUGUCUCCUUAUUCUGCCCCUCAUGGAAGACUUCGGCACCCGCAUCACAUUUCUCCUCACCAACUUCGUCUUCUUCAUUUUCGUAAUCCCCCAAGCCGUCGCCCAAAAUUUCGCCACUCUUAUAAUUGUCCGCUUCUUCGCCGGUGGCUGCGUGGCCGUCCUCGGCAACGGCUCCGCAAGCAUCAUUGGCAACCUCUUCGAGACAGAAAUGGCGCGCACGAAACCCGUCGCUCUCUGGAUCGUCGCCUACCUCGGUGGAAGUAGUGCGGGGCCUUUAGUCGGUGCACCUAUCUUCGCUCAUCUGUCCUGGAGAUGGAUCUCCUACCUACAACUCAUCUGGGUCGGCGCAUUGCUACUCGUGAACAUUCUCAUCCUCAAGGAAACCAGAGGAUCCGUGAUCCUGCAACGCCGAGCUCGGAAACUGCGCGAAAAGGGCGAGAACGCAUACACGCAGCACGAACUCCAAGCCGAACCGCUCCGCCAGGUCCUGCUCACCAGCAUUCGCCGACCGUUCAAGCUGCUCUUCACCGAAUACGUCGUCUUUUUCUCCACGCUGUGGUCGGCUUUCACUGUCGGCACAUUAUACUUGUUCACGCAAUCCGUCGAGCAGGUCUUCGUGGGACUGUAUAACUGGACGCCCGUGGAGGCAGGGUAUGUCCAGGCGGCGGUAUUCAUCGGCGAAGUGUGUGGGUGGUUUUUCUCGCUGAUAUCCGCACGGCUGUACUUCAACUCUUCGAAACGAAAUAAGGAAAUCCCCGGGACGCCCAUUCCAGAGGCUAGACUUUAUCUUUCCGUCGGAGGGGGUGUCUUCGGCAUUGCGGGGGGAAUGUUCGUGUAUGCAUGGACGUCUUACCCCUCCAUGCCGUGGAUUGCUCCGGCCGUGGGACUCUGGAUGGUGGGCAUGGGUAGUGUGGUUGUGGUCAGUGGCAUUGCGGAUUACGUGGUAGACGCGUAUUGCAAAUAUGCUGGGAGCGCGAUGGCUUGUUUUGUGGUCGGGGAGAACACUGUCUCUGCGUUUUUGCCGCUGGCUACUUCCAGUAUGUAUAAUACGUUGGGAUUCCAGUGGGCGAGUACGUUGUUGGCGUUUAUUAGUUUGUUGCUGACGCUGGCACCGUUGUCGUUCAUUGUGUGGGGGAAGAGUAUCCGUGAGAGGAGUCCGUUUAUGGCGGAGGCGAUGUUGGAUAAAAGGGCGGAUCUGAUGCGGGAGCCUAGUAAUGGGCCCGCGAGGGAGAUUAAGGAGUAGAUUUUGUGAUGCAUGUAUGUUUGAUGAGUGCAUGAUGAGAGCGUGG